AUCAUAAUGAUAACUUUACCAACAUUACUGCAAAAUACCUGGGCACUUCUUUACCUGCUCUUCCAAAUCUGCACCCUGUGGCCAUGGGCUAUUAUAAAAUCGUUCUUGCCGAAAAACAAAAAAGACAUCAAUGGAGAGGUCAUGUUUAUUACUGGAGCUGGUAGUGGAAUUGGGCGUGGCAUGUCCAUUAAAUUCGCAGAGCUUGGUGCAACAGUUAUUUGUACUGAUAUCAAUGAGUCGAGCGCUAAAGAAACUGCUAGGCUAGCUAAAGCAAAGGGUGGUAAUGCAUAUAGUUACAAACUAGAUGUUACCGACCGCCAUAAAGUAUACGAACUGGCUGAUGAAAUUCGAGAGGAGAUUGGUGAUGUUACCAUGUUGGUUAACAAUGCAGGAAUUGUGACAGGAAAGCAUUUUAUGAAGUGUCCAGAUGAAUUGAUGAUAAAAACAAUGGAAGUGAACACCAUUUCACAUUUCUGGACAUUAAAAGCCUUCUUAGGACCAAUGAUAAAGAAAAAUCAUGGCCAUGUGAUCACCAUAUCAUCAUCUGCUGGACAUGCUGGAAGUCCUGCUUUGGUUGAUUACUCUGCAUCAAAGUUUGGCGCUGUUGGUCUACACGAGUCAAUUACUGCGGAGUUGCUUGUGGUAGCUGACAAAGUGAAAACAACUAACAUUUGUCCAUAUUUUAUCAAGACAGGAAUGUUUGAUGGAGUAGCAAGCACAUCUCCGUACACUCUACCAUUGAUGGAGCCUGAAGAUGCUGUUAAUCAGAUAGUUGCAAGUGUACUUAACGAUGAGUUGACUGUGUUUGUUCCUGGAAGGCUUAGAUUCUUAAUUGCCACUAAGAACCUUGUUCCAGACAUGUUGAAGAAACCAAUUCUUGACUACUUGUGUCUUGAUAAACAGAUGUCGAAUUUUAUUGGUCGCAACCAAAAGAGUGAAUAAUAUCGUCUGAAGAUAUUUAAUGUGCAGUUGUUUAGGAAAUUUCACUAUAAUUAUUCACUAGUAUCUGUUUUAAAAAUCAUCUGUAGUAAAACAGUAUUUUUAGUGUGCUGAAAAGGAAUUUUUUACGAAUUUCCUAAAAAUAAAGAAGGAUUGGAAAAACAAUAUUUUAGCAAAUUUGAUUAUGAUAUUUUUAAAAUGUGACAGAGAUUCAGAAUAUCAGGGAGUUUUGUAAUUUUUAAAAUUUUGUAUAAUCUUAAAUGAAAAUUUUAUAUGUCUAUGUAA